CUGCUGUGUUUGUCUUUCAGACUGCCUGCAGGAUUCUAUUGGAAAAGAGGAGGAUUUCUCUGACCAGCAGCUCUGUGGACAGGAGAGGAAUUCCAGUUUGGAUCAAGAGGAACCAGAAGCUCUGCAGAUAAAAGAAGAGCAGAAAGAACCAGAAGAUCCCUGGACUAAAGAGGAAACCAUGGAGCUCCCCAUUAGUGAGCAGGAAGAGCAGCUUGUUCUGAAGCAGCAGACUGAAGAGAAACCUUUCCCAUGUUUGACAUGUGGAGAAAACUUUCUUAAAAAAGAACAUUUAAUGGAUCACAUGAGAACUCAUACAGACCGCCUCCAGGAUGAUCUUGGAAAAGAGGAGGAUUUCUCUGACCAGCAGCUCUGUGGUGAGGAGAGGAAUUCCUGUUUGGAUCAAGAGGAACCAGAAGCUCUGCAGAUAAAAGAAGAGCAGCAAAAGCCAGAAGAUCCCUGGACAAAAGAGGAAACCAUGGAGCUCCCCAUAAGUGAGCAGGAAGAGCAGCUUGUUCUGAAGCAGGAUUUUGAAGAGAAACCUUCCCCAUGUCUGACAGGGGGAGAAAACUUUCUAAAAAAAGAACAGUCAAUAUCUGACAUGAGAAAUCAAGCUGGUCAGAAGAUUUAUGAAUGUUUGUCCUGUGGAAAAAUGUUCACACAGAAAUCUAGACUUAAUCUUCACAUCAGAAUUCACACAGAGCCUGAGUUCAAAUCUGGCCAUUGGAUAAAUCCUCCUUUGCUUGUUGGAGAACUUAGAUCAGGAAAUAAUAGCCGCUACAACCAAGCAACUAGAGGAAUGAAGGAUCUAACUAUGGCUAUGUUCACAAUGCAGCCUGAAGGGACCCAAAGAUAUCUGGAAGAGGGUCCAAUGGGUCUCAUCAGAAAGAACCAGAACGACAUGCAGACUGCAGUGAGUGGGCGGAGCCAAGAUACCUGGACAGGAUGUCCAGCAUGCUGGGGAUUUCUGCAGGCCUUGAAUCCUCAACCAUCUGAUCUUUCUUCUUCCCUCUCCUCUCUUUUAUCAGCUCUAUGGAGGAAAAUGUUGGCUGUAGUACUGGCCCAGGGGGAGGAGGUGGUGGGGGAGGGGGAGGAGGAGGGAAGUUUGUGUUAG